ACAAACCAACAUAGUAUAGGUCUAGUUUCUGUAUUUCGAUUGAUGGAACGGCAUAAACUAUAUAUGUAUAGCAGGAGAAAACAUUAGUUGAGAAUUGAGAUUGGCUGUUCCUCUUGGCAGGACUGUAGUCUAAUCGAUGCAGUUUUUUGCCGGAUCAUUAGCUAACUGCGUUUUGGUAAUUUAGAUGUGGAUCGAUAACAGUUAAUGGUAUUCGAAGAGCGUGAAAGCUAGGUACAUCAACCAGAGUGCUACUUUGCGCUGGCCUAGAGUGAUCAUUUUGCGCCUGGGAGCUUCGCUUGGUUAGCCAAUGCAAAUUUUCUUUAACCAAUCACAAGAUGUCUUUCAAAAUCCAGUUCCUCGCAUUGGUUGUCACUAGCAUGUACACGACAACUAAUACAGCGUCUUUUAACCGGAAACUGGAGAUCAAAACAAAUAGUGGCUCUACCAUACGAGGUUUUGAAAAGUUAGUGAAGCUUGAAGAAACACAGACUAUAUAUACUUACUUAGGCAUUCCAUAUGCAGAGCCUCCAGUUGGCAAGGAUAGGUUCAUGCCCCCAAAACCACGCCGUGUGAACAGACAGGAAAUAAUAAACGCCACAGAAUUCGGUUACAGUUGCUACCAGUUAAUAGACGACACAUUCCCAAACUUCAGCGGAGCCGAAAUGUGGAACCCGAAGACAAACCUUAGUGAGGAUUGUCUGACGUUGAAUAUCUGGGUCCCAGAGAAAGGGCCUGAGAAAGGCCUUAAGGCAGUAAUGGUGUGGAUCUAUGGUGGAGGAUUCGUGACUGGAGCUACUGCCAUUGAUGUCUAUGACGGUGCUAUUCUGGCUGCGUCUGAAGGCGUUGUCGUCGUAUCAAUAAAUUAUCGUGUGGGGGCGCUUGGAUUCUUAGCUUUGAAUGAUAGCAUUCCUGGCAACAAUGGCCUCUUGGACCAAAAACUUGCCUUAGACUGGAUAUACGAUAAUAUCCAAACGUUUGGAGGGGAUAGAUCUAAGAUAACCAUAUUUGGAGAGAGUGCAGGAGCUGUCAGUGUUGGUCUACAUAUGUUGUCAAACAUGAGUAAUUCGCGUUUCAAGCACGCGAUCAUGCAGAGUGGAUCACCCACAACUCCUUGGGCAAUUCUGUCCAAAGACGUGGCUUAUGAGCGCGGGAUGAAGUUAGCCAAAGAAGUUAACUGCUAUUACCGCGAAAAUGGUAAUAAAAAUAAUUUAACGGAAGUGAUAAAAUGUCUGCGAGACGUCAACGCCAGCCAUAUAGUUAAAAAUGAAUGGGUAGCAGCUGGUGUUUAUGUGUUUCCUUUUGGGCCUGUUGUAGAUGGAACCUUUUUAACAGAUCAUCCGACAGAGCUGCUUAAGAAAGGCUCGGUAAAAUCAACCUCAAUCAUGAUAGGGACGAACUUAAACGAAGCUUCGUAUUACCUGGUUUAUUUUAUAGACAAAUAUUUUAAAAAAGACAAGCCAAGUGGCAUUAAUGAAACUCAAUUCAGAGACAUUAUAAAAAUGGAACUCCCACAAGCAAACCCAUUCGAAAUAGAUGCUAUUUCCUUCCAGUACACCGACUGGUCAAACGCUGGAAGCCAAGAAAUGUACCGCGACGCAACAGACGAAUGGAUAGGAGAUUACAACAUAAAAUGUCCUGUAUAUAACUUUGGUCUUGAUUACGCCGCCCAUGAUAACUCUAAGGUACACGCGUACUACUUUACACAGCGGCCUAAAAAUAGCCCAUGGCACGAAUGGAUGGGCGCCAUUCAUGGUGAGGAAAUUGCCUUUGUGUUUGGUCAACCGUUACAAGAUGGCCAGAAUUUCACUGAAGAGGAAAAGGGACUUAGUAAAAAGAUGAUGAAACUAUGGGCAACCUUUGCAAAGAGCGGCAAUCCCACCCAGAACCAUUACUGGAAAAAGUUCACACGUGCGAAACAAAACUAUCUUGAGUUGAGCGUCUCAUCACUCAACCACGACUCCACAGCUAAAGGUCCGAGGACCAACAAGUGCGCCCUCUGGAGCCAAUACUUACCGAAACUUGCCAGGGACACGGCCGACAUCAAGGAAUCGGAGAUGGAAUGGAAGAAAGAAUUUCAUCAGUGGAGUAAUGAAUACAUGGUUGCAUGGAAGGCUGAAUUUAAUAACUAUAUAGCAGACAAGGAGAACAAAUGCGCGGGGACAGGAAAAGGCGCCAAUCGCAAUGAGCUGUAGCGCCUGAUGGAUUUCUCUAUGGACGCACUUUAAUGGACGAGUAUCAAGAGGGUGGCACUGAUUGCUUGUAUAAUUGAAUACGCCACAGGCUCAAGUGUGCAUCCGAAUGCAUAUAAUAAUAUUAUGAUAUAGCAUUAUGACCUCAUAUCAAUAGACACAAAAUAGUGAAGACGAAAGCAAUAUUGUUUUUGAACUUAAAGUACACCAAAUAAGCCUAAACUUUUCACGUUUAUUUCAUCGCAGAAGGGAAACGACCAAAUCGGAUACCUUGUAGACAGAUUUGCAUUCAAAAUCAAAGACAGUUAACCUUAUAGAUAUAUCUUUUUAUAUUGUAUACGAUGUGGAAAUUAUGUAUAUAACAUUACAUUUGUAAGUAUUUGUAUUUAAGUCCAUUUGUUCAUGAACAAAUUAAUAGUUGAUAUUCAGAUAUCUGGUAACAGAUUGAAUCAAAUUGAAGUACAUAGCAACAUACUGUAACAAUAAAUAGGUCUAUCAGAAGAGGAAAUACGAUAUUUGUAUAUGGAUUGUCACAUGACCAACUUGAGCUGAAUAAUCUAAAAUAUAAAUCGCAGCAAUAGAAAAAUAAGUAGCUUCGUGCUACCGACCUUACAACUCGGUAUUCUCCACGUAUCACGUCAUGGCAUUCAUUGCGUGCACACACACAGAUGACACGGGCGUCCUGAUAUAAUACGCUUUAUCAAAGCAAAUUACAUAGCGGAGGCUUCAAGACGUUUACAUUUAAGUACCUUAAAUGCAUGCAGACUAAGUAAAGUAUGACGUAGGCCUAUGUACUGAAACAGUUGAUGAAAUGUAAUAUUAUUAUGCUAAGUUUUUAUAAUUAUUGUUCCGCCAAUGCUAAACGGUAUAUUUAUUACUUUUAAUUCAGUUAUAGUUUUAUU